AUGCCUUCCGAGCCAUUGACCUGGUUCAUUACCGGAGCGACCUCUGGCUUCGGCUUCGCACUGUCCUUGCGUGCCCUACGCGCCGGUCACACGGUUUACUCAACUGUGCGGCGUCGCACGGGUGGUCGGUACGCCGACGCUGUCAAAACUAUCGAAGAAGCCGGUGGGAAGUGCGUUGAACUGGAUGUCAGUGAUUUGGACGCUGUCCCCAAAGUUAUCGGCAGUGUUCUGGAUGAAUGCCAAGGCAAGAUCGAUGUCCUCGUGAACAAUGCGGGCUACUCGCUACUAGGUCCCGUGGAGGACAUGAGUCUUGAGGAAACAAAACAUCAGAUGGAUACGAACUUUUUUGGGCCCCUCCUCCUCAUCCAAGCCGUGAUACCUCAUAUGCGGACCCGCCGCACCGGCACCAUAGUCAACGUAUCCAGUGUUACCGGAUUCCAUGCGCACCCCUCCUGCGGUCUCUACUCGGCGUCCAAGUUCGCGCUUGAAGGCCUUAGCGAAUCCCUCUCCCUUGAGCUCGCCCCGUUUGGCAUCAACGUCCUGCUCGUUGAACCCGGCGCUUUCCGCACCAACUUCCUCAAUUCCGGCGUGCACACCGAGAAAGCGCUUAGCUCGGCCUACGCUGAGGCAAACCACCCCCUUGCGAAGACGUACGAGCGGUUCAGACAAUACAAGGAGCAUGGGCCGCCCGGCGAUCCCGAGAAGGCGGCGCGGGUGAUGUACGAAACCAUUGUCGGCAAUUCCCAUGGCGAGGAAAAUGGUGAGGCGGGCGAGCUGAAAGGAAAAGUCCUGAGGCUAUUGCUGGGAAGUGAUGCGGUUAGUCGGAUGGAAUCGAAGAUAGGAAGUCUACAAAGCGAUUUGAAGACCAUGAGAGGUGUGGCGGUCACAACGGAUGCAGACGAUGCAAGGAAGUUCGUCUUGUGA